UCCACUUCCUCUUUCACGGUUUCACUCUCCCUCCCCCCCUCUCUCUCUCCCUCCGAGCUCAGAUCGCCGGCGAAGCGCCACUAUCCCGGCCUCGUCGCCUCCGCCAUCUCCUGCUUCAACCCCCGCCGCGACUUUAGCCUCCCAUGUAGAAGAGCAUACUGGAGAUGUAGAGAAGAGGCGCGAAGAGGAAAAUCCCCUGGCGCUUGAGGAGGAAAGAGAGCAGGAUCCAGACGAGGCGCUGCGCGAGCGUCUUGGGCGGCGGGCGGCCCAAUUUGGAGCCGCGGUGGCGGUAGCGCGGAGAGUGACAAGUGCUUCUCCUUCACAAGUUCGGCCACCGGCCUUGCCCUCAGAUUUUCCGGCGAUAGCAGCAAACUAUAGCAACCGCCGCCUUCCUCUGUACAUUCGCACCGUCGAUUUUGUCGCAUAAUCCGGUAAUUCAUUGUCGAGGCUAAAUCCAAUCAAAGCUUCUGUCAGUUGCUACACACCUCGGAGCAGUAUUCUGCUUUGCUGCCUUUUGUUUUCAUAGCCUGUAUGUCUUUCUGGCACUUUUCGCAAUUGGAGAGCUACUCGUAUUUGCUACCCAGAUCUAACAGACACCACUUUUUCUACAUCUGCAACUGAAUCUAUUAUUUUCAAACCAAUCACAACAUUACUAUUUGGACCCCUUUCAAAGUCGGAGCAUCCAUAUUUUCAUCCAAAAUGGCUCCCCAUGAAUCUCUUCUGUUACCUUAGAGUUUAGAGGCAGAGAUUCAGAGUUAAUGGCUUCUGGUGAUGUGCCGUCCUCUCCCCUCGUCGGGCUUCUCCAGGUUUAUGUUCUUAUUUCGUCGUAUAUUUCAUUAUAUAUUUUCUCCUACACUAGAUUGUGGGCUCCACAGAGCGGCAGCUCCACGGAGCUCGAGAUACUGCAGCGGAGCGGCAGCUCCACGGAGAAGAAACAAGCUGGUAUUUGUAGGACUUUACCAGAGGACUCACCUGUCCACUCUUCAAGCAGCGAUGACUUUGUAGCAAUUCUUGAUGCGGAGCUGGAUGCUGCUUCUGAUUCAUCAGACGAUUCUGAAGCAGUUGCAGAAGAAGAGGAGAGUAGUGAGGAAGACGAUGAUGACAGAAGUGACUAUUUGGAGCUUGGGAGGACUCAUGAGCCACAAACAAAGUCCGAGAUGGAGAAUGAGAGGAAGAGGACGAUGGAGGUUAUACAAGAGAAUAACAGGAGGUUGCAGGAGAGGAAUAAGAUUGGGAUGAGCAAGAUGAAGGCGAAGAAAUGGCGCACCAGUGGGAAGAUGACUGGGAUUAUUGGGUGCUUGGUUGUACAUGAAGCUUGAUGAGUUGUGAUGCUUGCCGCAGAAAAUGUAUGACUUGAUUUUGGAGUUUGUUUAGGGGCCAAAAGUUUUUCUUUUGUUUUGUUGGAUUUUGAAAAUUGUAAAAGUGUUUUAUUAUUUAUUAAUCUUGUCGGCUAAAGACUAAAGUAUGAAGCUUAAUUGGCAUGUUCUUGGAACUGAAA